AUGCCGCUGCCCAAGACGGAAUAUUUGAGUGAUUCCUGGAAGGAUGGGAUCUUCGCAAACAAAGUCGUCUUCUGCACAGGUGGCGCCGGCACUAUCUGCAGUGCCCAAGUCCGGGCCUUAGUACACCUCGGUGCCAACGCCUGCAUCAUUGGCCGCAAUGUAGAGAAGACCGAGCGCGUCGCUAAGGACAUCGCGACAGUCCGACCCGGUGCCAAGGUGAUUGGGAUCGGUUCCGUGGACGUGCGCAAGUUCGAGGAUUUGCAGAAAGCAGUUGAGCGUUGUGUCAAGGAACUUGGAGGCAUUGAUUUUGUCAUUGCUGGAGCCGCUGGUAACUUCCUCGCCUCCAUCGAGCAACUCUCGGUCAAUGCUUUCAAGUCAGUCAUGAAUAUUGAUGUCUUGGGCUCUUACAAUACCCUCAAGGCAACUCUUCCGUAUCUAAGGGAGUCGGCAACCAAGCACAGAAUGGAUACAAAGACUCUUCAACCAUCACCGAUUGGAACUGGCGGAAGAAUUAUCUUCGUCAGUGCUACCAUUCACUAUCGGGGUAUGCCUUUCCAGACGCAUGUAUCCGUUGCCAAGGCCGGUAUCGAUGCGUUGUCGCACAGUGUUGCCAUCGAAUAUGGUCCUCGGGGAAUGACGUCGAACAUCAUUGCGCCGGGCCCUAUUGCACAGACCGAGGGCUUGGAACGUCUGCUGCCAUCAGAUGCCCUGGAGGCCUACACCAAGGCCCAGCCACUCGGCCGCUUUGGUCAUGUCCGCGACAUUGCUGAUGCCACCGUGUAUCUCUUUUCAGACACUGGUAGCUAUGUCACUGGUCAAACACUUGUCGUCGAUGGUGCAAACUGGCGCAUGUCUGCAGGCGGUGCUUCCGGUGGGAGUUUGUCUUAUCCGGACUUCUUGCUCUCCGGGGAUGAUGUACCCAACGUGACUGGCAAGAAGUCUAAGCUUUGA